CUCUCUCACUCCAGAAACAUACGUCAAUCAUUUACAUUAUGUAGUUCAUUUAUUAAUCUUAAAUGUAUUUUUUUUUUCCAUUUUCCUUUUCUUGAUUACAUAUGCUCAACUUUUUAGCUCAGUCUUUUUUGAUGUUCCCAUUUACAUAGUUCUUGUUAACUUUUUUCAUCAAAGAACAAGAUUUAGUGUAAUGUGUACUAGAUUUUUCAUCUUUUUUCUUUGGUUUGCUAUUUUUCUUCUCAUAAAUGGCACCCAAGCACAACCAGGUUUUGUAAGUAUAGAUUGUGGAGGCAAAGACAACUUCACAGAUGAACUUGGUCUCGAAUGGACUCCCGAUACUCAAAUGAUUAGCGGAGAUAUAGCUAGUAUCUCUGUAGCAAAUGAGACGAGGACACAAUAUAUGGCCUUGAGAUACUUUCCAGCUGAUAACAGAAAGUAUUGCUAUACACUUAAUGUGAUUCCCAGAAACAGGUACCUUGUAAGAGCAACUUUUCUGUAUGGAAACUUUGAUAACAACAAUGUUUACCCAAAGUUUGACAUCUCACUCGGGGCAACUCAUUGGGCCACAAUAGUAAUUUCUGAUGCUAAUACAAUGGAGUACCAAGAGUUAAUAUUUCUAGCCAAGGAACCUUCCGUAAGUGUCUGUUUAUCCAAUGCAACUACUGGCCAGCCCUUCAUUUCAACACUUGAGCUCCGGCAUUUUAAUGGUUCAAUAUAUUUGACUGACUAUGAGAACGAGUUUUUCAUGAGCGUUUCUGCAAGGAUAAAUUUUGGUGCUCAGAGUGAUGAUCCUGUUAGGUACCCUGAUGACCCAUUCGAUAGAAUAUGGGUGUCUGACACCAUAAAAAAAGCCAACUACCUUGUUGAUGUUGCUGCUGGUACUGAAAGAGUUUCAACAAAAAUGCCAAUUGAUGUGAACACUGUAAAUGGUGAAAUGCCUCCUCAGAAAGCAAUGCAAACAGCUGUAGUAGGAAAAAAUGGCUCGUUAACUUAUCGUCUGAACCUUGAUGGUUUCCCUGGUUUUGGUUGGGCAUUCACCUAUUUUGCUGAAAUUGAGGAUUUGGGUCCUAGUAAUAGUAGGAAAUUCCGGUUAGUCCUCCCUGGAGCUCCUGAUGUCAGUAAAGCUGCAGUUAAUAUCCAAGAGAAUGCCCAUGGGAAAUAUCGUUUAUAUGAGCCGGGCUACUUCAACUUAUCCUUACCCUUUGUAUUAUCUUUUCGUUUCGGGAAGACAUCUGACUCCACCUUGGGGCCUCUCUUGAAUGCUAUGGAAAUAAACAGAUAUGUGAAAAGAAUUGAUGGCUCUUUAGAUGGACCAGUUAUUUCCAGUUUAAUCUCGCAUUACGCUUCUGCCAAUUGGACAAAUGAAGGUGGUGACCCAUGCUUACCGGUCCCAUGGUCCUGGAUCCGUUGUGACUCAGAUAUCAGACCAAGAAUAACAUCAAUUAAAUUGUCCGGACAAAAUUUGACUGGAAAUAUUCCGUCGGAGUUGACAAAGUUGAGCAGCUUAGUUGAACUCUGGCUGGAUGGGAAUUCACUUACUGGUCCAAUACCCGAUUUUAGUGGAUGUCCUAACUUACAGAUAAUACAUCUUGAGAACAAUCAGUUGAGUGGACAGCUUCCUUCCACCUUAGCAGACCUAGCAAAUUUGAAAGAACUGUACGUGCAGAACAACAUGCUAACCGGAAGUGUGCCAUCUGGUCUUCUUGAUAACGGUCUGAUUUUGAACUAUACUGGAAACGUUAAUCUUCGCAAAGGAGAAAGCAGUCGGAGCCAUAAGAAAAUCAUCAUAGGAUCAUCAGUAGGUGCUUCUGCUCUUCUUCUUGCUACCAUUGCCUCUUGCAUACUACUGCAAAAAGGAAAAAAAAGCUCUCCUAAGCAAGCAGGCCACAUCGAAAUGAAUUUACCUCCUCAAAGGUUUGUCUCUUCCUUGGGAGAUGCUGCAACAGAAGCGGCACACUGCUUUACGUUAGCUGAACUUGAAGAAGCGACCAGGAACUUUGAAAAGAAGGUUGGAUCAGGGGGGUUUGGAAUUGUAUAUUAUGGGAAAUUAAAGGACGGGAAGGAGAUUGCUGUCAAACUUCUAACAAAUAAUUCCUUUCAGGGGAAGCGAGAGUUCUCAAAUGAGGUCGCUCUGCUUUCAAGAAUACAUCACAGAAACCUCGUACAGUUUCUGGGAUUUUGCCAGGAAGACGGGAAGAGUGUCCUUGUGUAUGAAUUCAUGCAUAUGGGAACUUUGAAAGAACACCUCUAUGGUCCUCAAUUACCUGAUCGAAGUAUGAAUUGGAUCAGGCGCCUUGAGAUUGCUGAAGAUGCUGCAAAAGGAAUCGAAUAUCUUCACACAGGAUGUGUCCCAUCCAUCAUCCAUAGAGAUGUAAAAACUAGCAAUAUUCUGCUUGACACGAAUAUGAGAGCGAAGGUUUCAGAUUUUGGUCUCUCCAAACUUGCAGUAGAUGGAGCCUCUCAUGUGUCAAGCAUAGUCCGUGGAACUGUAGGAUAUCUGGAUCCCGAAUAUUACAUUUCACAGCAGUUGACGGACAAAAGUGACGUUUACAGUUUUGGCGUCAUUCUCUUGGAGCUAAUAUCUGGUCAAGAAGCAAUAUCUAAUGAAAAAUUUGGUGUCAAUUGCCGUAAUAUUGUCCAAUGGGCGAAACUACACAUUGAAAGUGGGGACAUUCAGGGCAUUAUCGACCCCGCUUUACACAACGACUAUGACAUCCAAUCAAUUUGGAAGAUAGCUGAGAAAGCUUUGAUGUGCGUCCAACCCCAUGGGAGCAUGAGACCUUCGAUCUCAGAAGUUAUCAAGGAAAUCCAGGAUGCAAUUGCAAUCGAAAGAGGGGCAGAAGCAGUAAGGGAAGGUAGUUCUGAUGAUAUAUCAAGGCAUUCGAUGCAUUCCUCCCUACACGCAGGUUCAAUGGACUUAGGUGCAAGUGACCAUUACUUGUCCAUUGAUGAAUCUAUCACGAGACCAACAGCUCGAUAAGUUUUUGUUCAUAUGACUGUAGGAUUUUGUUCAUAAAAUGACCAUUAAUUUGUGUUAUUUCUAAUUCAUUUUGCUCUAUUCACGUAUUUAUCGAUGGCUAGGAUUACACGAUUGAUGUUAUUGAUACCUUUUGUUAGAAACAAAACCUUUUUUACAUUGUGUAAAGGCAGGUUGUUGAGCCUAGUGUUAAUUUUACAUUUUUUUUAGAACCAAGAGAAAAAAGUGUAAGCAAUUCUAUACU